GGCCACACAAACCCCUCGGCUCAAUAUUAGAUAGGUUCUGUAUCUCUCGUGUGGGGUGAGCAGGUAUUGUUGCGGCUGCAUUCAUUAGCCAUCAAUAGGUACUAGGUGAAAUAUGCAAAUAUGCCUACAUUUCGAGACUCCUCAGUCCAUCGUAUCUAUGCUGUGCAAACGACCAAUUCUUCUUGAUAACUAUCUGGCCUGAUUCCAUACAACUACGGUGCAAAAAGUUUUCCAGCUUGUCUCUUCUUCAAUAGACCACAACACUUCACCAAUUAUGGAGCGCCCUACCAGCGAGAGUACUAUCAUGAUGCCCUCCCGCUCACCACCUGCUUCAGGAGAAGAGAACAACAAGGAAAGCUAUAAUGCUUCUCCUUCGAGUGAUGCAUUUCUCGAACAUGGUAGUAGUACACCGCCAAAAAUCGAAAUGCCCAGUCUGCUAAGACAGAACGUCUUCAUGGUUUUUAUCACCUUAACCCAACUAGUUCAAAUGAUCCCUUUGGGGGCCGGUAUUAAUUCUAGUUUUGCUAUUGGAGCAUCAUUGGGAGCAACAGAAGCUCAGUCGGUUUGGAUCGUUGCCUCGUACCCUUUAACUCAAGGAACUUUCGUUUUAAUUGGAGGUCGUCUAGGCGCCGUCUAUGGCCACAAGAACGUCUUCACCGCUGGUUGUGUUUGGUGGACUCUCUGGGCAUUGUGUGGUGGAUUUUCCGACAAUUUGAUAUCGAUGUGUAUCAUGAGAGGAUUAUGUGGAAUAGGCGGUGGUCUGAUGAUACCAAAUAUUGUGGCUUUGCUAGGUAUCACUUUCCCGCCUGGAAAGAAGCGAAAUUUGAGUUUUGCUUUAUUUGGCGCCAUGGCACCAGUUGGCGCUGCUGGUGGAUCUCUCAUCGGUGCGAUCAUCAUCCAGCUUUCUGAUUGGAAAUGGCUCUUCUUUAUGCUUGGUCUACUUGGAUUCGUUGUUUACGGAGUUGCUAUCAUGGCAGUUGAUGCGGAUAUUCCCAUUGAUCCAAGAGGCACCGUGGACUGGAUUGGCUCUUACCUGGGAGUCGCUGCUCUUAUUCUUUUGAACUUUGUUUGGAACCAAGCACCACUUGUUGGAUGGAACAGUCCUUACGAGAUCGCACUUCUCCUGGUGUCUGUCCUUCAUUUUGCCGGCUUCGUAUACUGGGAAAUGAAAGUCGCCAAGGAACCAAUUCUACCAUUCAACAUCUGGAAGGCCCCCUCAUUCGGACUUUUGAUGUUGACCGUUUUCUUUUCCUUCAUGAGCCUGGGUAUCUUCUUUUGGUACAUGAAUGCAUAUAUGCAAAACAUUCGCGGAGACAGUCUCAUUCUUACUGGUGUGCAGUACUUGCCACUUACUAUCGUUGGUUGUGCAACCGCUUUUCUCGCAGCGUGGCUGGUUCCUCGAGUAUCAGCACAGGUCAUAAUUGGCUUGGGAUGUUCGGCAAUGGUCAUUAUCAACGUCCUUCUUUCAACUAUUCCUGCAAAUCUCACUUACUGGGCGAUGGCAUUUCCCGCAAUGUUCAUAUCGGCUUUUACCAUUGAUCUGAUCACCACCAGCGCUCAGAUCAUCGCAUGUAACACCGUUUCAAUGAAGCAUCAAGGUGUCGCAGGUUCAUUAAUAGGCACACUCCUUGGUUAUGGAUUGAGCACUGGUUUGGGUAUCGCUGGAACUGUAGAGGUGAACACCAAUGACAAUGGUGAUAAUCUUCUAAAGGGUUAUCAUAGUGCCGCAUACUUGGGAGUCGGUUUGGCAAGUGUUUCCCUCAUUAUGAGCGUGAUCUUCAUACGCAUACCGAAAGAUACCCGGGAGGGUUGGGCGGAGGAUGACACGCAUGCUAGAGAGCAAGGUCAGCUUUAGGAAAACAUUUUAAUGGCCAGUGUCUUCUUCGAGGAUAAAUACAAAUUGAUUUAUGGUUCUUUCUCAUCUCAUCUUUCUUACAGGUCGUGUUAUUUGAUUCGUGAGGCAAAAUCACAAUUGACUAAAGGUCCGACGGCUGACGGAUCCAUCAAUCAAGAGAGUUACUAGGUCAAAUCUAAUGUCUAUUCCAUCCGCA